AGGAGGAGGAAGAGGAGGAGGAGGAGGAGAGCAGCAGCGGUCACAACCGGCCUGAAGGGAGAGACGGAGAAAGAAGAAGGAGAAGGAGAAGAAGAAGAGGAGCAGCACCGGACCGGAGAGAGAGUAAGAGAGAGAGAGAGUGGGAGAGAGUGGGAGACUGACAGGCGUUUCUGAAAACUCAACGAACCAAGGCGUCGAGAUGAGCGGCCAGUUUGAGGAAGAUAUCCACGACCGGGCCGAGAGGAAGAGCAGUAAAUCCCCGACGCUGCUCUCUUCUUACUGCAUAGACAGCAUACUUGGACGCCGGAGCCCCUGCAAGGUCCGGCUGAUAGGGGCGCAAAGUUUGACGGGUCUGCCCGGCAGAGGGGAGGCGGACAAGACGGCUGACAGUAAGUUUCCUAUGAAGGGAGAAUAAACACCAGGUGUGAUUUUGUGCUUGUGGAAGGAAAAAUAUCUCAAAUUUAGUCACUGUGAAAGUCUUGUAGCCAACAAAAUGAUGUGGUUACUCCACUUAAAGCUGGCCCAGUCUAUGUUUUACAAAGUUAACAGGUAGACUAGUGUAUAUAAAGCCUAAAAACAUGUUUUAUUGUAUUGAACUUUGUGAUUCUUUAUUUUUAUUUUGACAUUUUUGCCAUCCUUCCUCCACAGGGCCACUCAAAGACCCCCUCUCCCUCAGCGCCGACAUGCACCUGCCACCAAAGCUCCGCCGGCUUUAUGGACCCGGCGGUAAAUACCUCCACGAACACGCAGAGACUCUGGACAGGGAGCGGCUCCUCCUGGAACAAGCCAGCGAGAGCCUGAAAAUCAGCCAGGCGCCACAGGUGAGCAUCAGCCGCAGCAAGUCCUACCGGGAGAACGCGUCACUGAGCCGGGGAGAGGGCGACCAGAGCCCCGGGGAGGGCUCGGAAGACGGCAGCCUGGGGCUGAUGGAGCUCGGCCCGCUCAAGUUCGAGGAGGACGCGGGGAAAGAGGAAGGGUGCGGGGACACGGCCGCUCUGUCCCCGAAGGACGAGGAGAGGGAGAGCUUGAACGCCGGGGAUGGGGACGUGAGGGACGGGGAGGACAGCGUGUGUCUGUCGGCGGGCAGUGACUCAGAGGAGGGUAUGCUGAAACGGAAGCAGAGAAGAUACAGGACUACAUUCACCAGUUACCAACUGGAGGAGCUGGAGAGAGCUUUCCAGAAAACACACUACCCCGACGUCUUUACCAGGUAUGAACGCAAAUACAAAUAUUAGAUUUCUGCAGUAAAUUAUUUUUAUUUCAUGUAUUUUUUAUCUUGCAUGAGGCCCACAUUAUACUUACCUUUAAUUAUAAUUAAUCUAUUUAAUUUGGUUACUUACCCUUUAAUUAGAAUAAUUCUACAAAUUUAAUUUUAUAUGCAAAAAUAAAAACAGGACUCUUAGCUGAUCAAACUACUUUUUUAUAGCAUGACACUUGUCUUAUAAUAAUAUUUUUUGCAUUUUUAUCAGAUACUGUAAAGAAAAUUCACCAAUACAACCUGCUGUCUGCUUAAAGGAUAUUUAUUAUUGAUAAUUGGUUACAAUCUUUUAAAAAUUUCCCAGAAACACUUUUAAGUAAUUCCACACUUUUUUCCACACCUCAUAAAAUUCCCCAACACGAACGCAAAGCCGUGUCCUGCAUUAGUCAACACAAUAGGGUCUGAAAGUGCAAACAAUGGAGACGUUUUGUUACCUGUAUCCGCUGCACUUGAUCCACAAGAGCGCGGAGGGGGAAAAAUUAACCGCAAGCUAGAUCAGGUUACAUGUUGGACACAAAGAGAAAACAACCUUUUCCAGGCCUGACCUCAACCCCAAGGGCAGGUGUAAAAUACGUGAAAAGAAAAGAAAAAUAUUGAGUUUGGAAUACUUCAAUUUAGAUGUUUUCUUUCAUUUUACGCACGAGGGUUUGGAGUUAUUUUUUUUAUCACAAAUGUGUCUCUGGAUUUUUUCAGCACCAUUAAGAUUAUUCAUAUUUUCCAAUCGAUUUACCUUAAAGCGACUUGUAGGUCUAAUUUCCACUGCAGGCCCAUCUUGCAGUUGAAAGCAGCUUCAAUUGCUUUGUGGCAGGCUAGUUUAGAUGUCAUUAUUUCCCCCAUUAUGUUGUUACAGUGACAGGCCUGUGCUAAGAAAAAAAAAUAUCUAACAAUCACUAGGGCCUAUUUCUACCCAUCUGUGACAGGGAAAAUAGAAUAUGGCUAUAUGGCGUCUUUCUGCAGCACAUGAAAAAAAAUCAAGCCAUUUUUGUCGUCUUUUGUUGACAGAGAACAACAGGAGGGGGCAAAACAACAAUUCUGCCUCGCUUCCAAACGGUGGCCCUGUAACCUGAAAUCUUUUCUUAUUCGCUUUUAUUUCUUAUUCUUUUCAGAGAAGAGCUCGCGAUGCGGCUGGAUCUUACCGAGGCUCGAGUCCAAGUAAGUGCCUCUCUGUUUAUCUAAGAGGGAGGGGGGGGGGGGGAAGGAGCUUGUAAAUCAAAUUUUUGGAAGAAAAGCAAGCAUCUUUUAAUGUUUUAUGUGGUCUAUAAAAAGUCCCUGCUGGAUAAUAACCGGUGAUGCGCGUCACUGAUUGAGGAUCAACGAUUACGGGCCAAUCCGAGGCAGUAAUUUAUUACAGUCAAAUGUGUUAAAUGGCCUCGUGUGCCGCGCGGGGAAGGUCUUUCCUGUUAUUGAAUGUUAUUACGCGCGGACGGGGGACGUUUUAGUGGCAAUUAAGGCGAGGCUGGCGAUUCAUAAAAAGCUCACUUAGUGCCGGAGCAAACACUGUGUAUGUUCCUGGUGAUGAGAUGGUGUUUGAAUUCCCAUCAGAGAGAGUGGGAGAGAGAGAGAGAGAGAGAGAGAGAGAGAGAGAGAGAGGGUGGGGGUGAGGAAGAGGUGUGUGUGCGUAAAAACAUGUGAGGGAUGAAGGGAGGGGAGAGCUAGAAAGAAAGAGGGGAGGGAUAAUGCUAUUUGAUUUCCCAUUAUGUGAUUGCAAUAGACCUGCAUUGAUCCGAUGCUUUGCACUUGGGAGCGAAUGAGAGACCAUUAAAGGUGUUUGCCCCCCCUCUUCUCCUCCCCUCUCCCUCUUCUUUCUCUGCUCUGAAAGCGUGUCUUGCAUGUCGAAAACCCGGCCUCAUAACCAGAGAGACAGUUCAAACACGGUGGAAAGCUCCGCGAGGGUUAUGGCCCACGGUAAAACAACAGAUGUCCCCUUAAGGGGGCCGUAGGUGAACAAAUCACUUAACGGGCGCCAUCAGGGAGGUGAUAAAAACUCAUAAAUUCCCGAGGGGCUGUGUAAUGCUAAACAGCCCUCUGGGAAUAAUGUGUGUGUCGCUCAAGCUCUCCCUGUUCAAUCACUUUCCUCAUGUUGACAUUUUGCUCAUUGUGCGUCUGCAGAGCAAACUGGGCAGCAGAGGAUGCGUGGGAAAGUUAAAUACUCUCCCGGAUUGAAGUCACUUGUUCUACAUCUCUUAAGAAUUUAAUUUAAAGCGCAUUAAUUGUUAUUGGAGCCAGUUCAGCGGUAAUUUUCUACAUCUUUUGUUAACACUGCUCUUAAUUAUCUCAACCCUGAAGCCCGUCCACGGGGACACGCAGGGUGGAGGUGGAGGAGUAGGGGGUGGAGGGGUGUUAAUUAGGCAGAAAGUAGUUUUAAAGGACCGCGAGCGGCAGGGUUUACCUCUCGUGUAAUUACCGCUGACUUUCCGCCUGUUGGCCACCACCUGAAGCAGACAACUCUCAGACUGCUCUGACACAACAUUCCCAAAGUCUACUUACAUUCAUCACAAUGAAACACACUGCAGUCCUAGAAGGGAAAGACUUUUAUGUAUUUUCACAAAGUUGUCAUAAACUGAGCAUCUCCUGACCAAGAGGAGGUGAAACAUCAGAUCAUAUCUCAUCACUUUCAUUCUCUUUCAGGUUUGGUUUCAGAACCGCAGAGCCAAGUGGAGAAAGCGAGAGAAGGCCGGGGUGCAGGCCCACCCAUCGGGCCUCCCUUUCCCUGGCCCCCUGGCUGCGGGCCACCCUCUCAGCCACUACCUGGAGGGAGGGCCCUUCCCUCAUCACCCCCACCCUGCUCUUGAGUCAGCCUGGACCGCCGCCGCAGCUGCAGCAGCUGCCUUUCCAGGUCUGGCCCCUCCACCACACAACGGCACAGCUCCACCUCUGGCCACACCACUAGGCCUGGGCACCUUUCUGGGUACAGCGGCCAUGUUUCGCCACCCUGCCUUCAUCGGACCCACCUUUGGCAGGUGAAAUUCCCCCAUACACUGAAUCCCAUUCUUGUGUUUUCUUUACACACAUUCCACCUAACACCUGCAAUUUCUACACCUGCAUGAAUUUAUCCCUCUAUUUUACACUAAAUUACUACAAUUUACCUUUGAGCACAUGGAUGGAAAAAUGCCCAGCAGCAGCAAAGCUCAUACUUCACUACAAACACAUCAUGCAACUCUAAUAACUUUAUGGCAACAACUGUUCAUCUCAGCGCCGGAUUAUUAAUAUGACUCUGCAUUCACUGUGGUGUGUUAUCACUCUGUCAAAUAUCUUAACACAUUAGGGGAAUGUGUGACUCCGCAAGACAAGCUGUGAGGAGUGGCACUGCCCGCUCCAUAUGCCACAACCAGCCUCCAUACGCUUUAUCAUGUGACAUUAACCUCCUUAGCAUGCAAGUAAUGGCCUCAAACAUAACUGAGACAUUAUAGAGAUUGACAAUCGUUUUCCUUUGUGAACAGGCAAUAACAGAGUGAUUGCUGCCAAUGUGAAAAAAAAGAAAAAUUUCUAAAUUAAAAAGGAACUUUGUCUGUUUUUUUAGAGACAAAUGUCGCUCAUUUUUAAAUCUCUUUCUCCUUUCAGGCUCUUCUCGAGUAUGGGGCCCCUGACUAGUGCUUCCACCGCCGCAGCUCUUCUCCGUCAACCCGCCCCUCCUGUAGAGAACCCCUCCCAUGCAGGACCCGUCCUCCCCGACCCUUCGACAUCACCCUCCUCCUCUUCCUCAGCAGACCGCAGGGCCUCCAGCAUCGCCGCACUGCGCCUCAAGGCCAAGGAACACUCGGCUCAGCUCACCCAGUUGAACAUCCUGCCCGCCGGCGCCGCAGGGAAGGAGGUGUGCUGAACACUCAACACCAGCUGUAGGCCUCCCAGUCCCCCCCCCACCCCCCAACCGGACCGCGUCCCAUUCCAUGACACCCCUUCCCUUCCACUCGCUCCUCCUUCCAAAAACCCACUCAUACCUCUGGAGGCUGAUGUCCCUUUUCCCCCUUGUCCAACUGUCCCUCUUACCUCAUGUUUCCCCAACAAAAUAGCACGACCAAAUUCAUGAGAGCACUGGCUAAAAAAAAAAAAAACACAUGUGUGUGUGUUAGUGUGUGUUUGUGUGUCUGAGAGCUUAAGCCCUUGUUAGACUAUCAUACACUUCAUCAUACACUUUACUUUUCUGGAUUAUAAACCGAUAAUUGACAUAUUUUUUGAUUUAUUUAUCUCAAACUCAACAUAUUCAACAAUCAGAUUGGAAUUACUUAUUUAUUUUAUAUAUGCUUUUGCAAUAAUCACAUUAAAUGUUCAUACUGACUUGACAUACGACCUUCUAAACAAGUAAUAUGCUCAGUCCAGACGCGGGAAAUGAAACAGUCAAUUUCUCAAGAAUAAAUAGGAUUCUUACACUAAAAUAACACUAUUUAAUGUUAUUUGUUCAUCUACUUCACCACUCUUGAUUUAUCAGAUUAGGCUAUUUUCCUACUCAUGAUUCCAACCCAAGUUUACAUGCACAUUCAUGCAUUAGCUCAUCUAAUACAGGAUUAUCGUGUUGUUGUUUUUGUUGUUUGGGUCAAGGACAUUUUUCUUUAUUUUAAGGUAAUAACAUAAUUUACAAUGAGACUGAAUUUAAAACUAGGACUUUGACUUGCAAUGGUAUGUUUCAGCACCUUUUAUUUUAGCAAGGGCUCUAUAGUUCAACACACAAAAUCACACACACACACACACACACACAAAAGCAGAAGAACUGCAGGGGAACCCAGACUCUUGGAAAGGAUUCUUCUGCUACUUCAAAAUAUGGACAACUCGAGUGCUCGACAUUAACUCUGUUUAAUCUGUAUGCAUUAGUGUGGGCUGAGCCGGUCUACUUCUGUAAUAAAGGCGCGUUGGAGGAGGUCCCCGCAACAAUCCCCCCGCCCCCCCUCCCGAGAACCAAAGGAAAAACUGUCCACAGACCUUCCAUAGCCUUUUCCACAAGCUGGACUCCUCUGUAUGCUCGCUACGUCCACCAGCCACACCCAGCAAUGCCACUGUUUGCUCUGUGUGUUUUUAAUCUGUGAAUCAAACUAGAGUUUUGGAAUAAGACUUCUGUACAUUUGCUGCAAUCUGAGACCCACCCUCUGACUUUUUUUUAAUGUUUUUAUUUAACAACAGUGGCAUUACAGCUGAGUCUGACUCCUGAGACGUGCGAGCAGAGAAGGGAUCUGAGCUGUGUCUCUCUUAUGACCUGACUGUGUGAAAGAAAUUUGUACAUAUGAUGUAUAAAGUAAAAAAAAAAAGAAAAAAAAAUACAAGAAAAAGGAUGAUUUUGAAAAUAAGUUCGUGUAUAUUUCAGGAGAUCAUUUGCACUCAGUGUAGUGUUUAAUGAAUGUCGCCCUGUGUAGACUUUCACCUGUGUUUAUGAAUUAUUAGCUUUUUAGAUGAUAAUUUAUGUCAAAAUUUCCCCCCUGGAGGAACUGAGUGAAGAAGUUUUUUUUUCUUAUUAAGUGUUUGUAAGUUUCCUGGUUUAAUAAUGCUAAUUUGAAUAAAUUACACUGGUUAAAUGAGUUAUUUUUUUUAUUAUUUGAAAUUCCUUUAGGACUGACAUAGGCCUAAACCAGGAAAUAAAAUAAUGUGGAAUAGAGUAUUAUUGAAAUAUUAAUAAAAAGUGUUAUGAGGAAA